AUGGUGGAAGAAAUUGAAGACGAACUGAUCCCAAGCCCCCCGGCGUACUCAAACGAGGCUGUAAUUGACGACAGUGUUUAUGGAGAGAUUAUUCUGUUGGGGUGCGUUUCAUAGACGAACAGUAAGAUACUGCUUUGCGUGUUGAAAUCUCGUCGACAACCGCCAAUUGCAGGUUCAACGGCCAAGUCGAAAACCGUGCCACUUCGAAGCGAUACCUGACGAAGAAGGUGUUGCGUCGAAGGGACAUUCCGAACGGCAUCAAGAAGAGCACUGUGCACAAUGUGAGUGCUCCGGACAGCAAACUGAUCAAGGACAAAAGACGGCACACCGUCUCGUUUCACAGCGAACAGAACAAGUCGGUGGUGAUUGAGUACGGCCCGGAUCCAACCAAGGAUAUGUUUCAGGUAACAUCUUCACGUUAAAAAAAAGAAGUUGGCGACUAAGCUUUAACUUAAGACUGUCACAUUUUAAAAAGAAAUCCGUGUUCAAUAUAUUAGUAUGCUUUCAGAUUGGUCGCGCCUCGGACGAGCAAAUCGAUUUCACCGUCAUCGACACGUGGAUGUUUCUGCCGGAAAACUGUUCGUAACAUUGACAUUAACUGCUUCUCAAGAUUCCUUUUGCAGCCGAAGCAACAGUACCAUCUCGUCCACACCUGGAACUUCUGGAGAAGGGCGACAGAACGUCUACAAUCAGCCGGUUCGCGUGCCGAAUAUUGAUUGAUCGCGAAAAUUCGAACAAAGCCUACCUUUAUGCUGCUGGAUUCGAUUCUCAUCACAACAUUUCAAUUAAUGUGAGGUCUACUGUUUAGUGAAUCAUAUCGAACUGUAUUUUUAUAGCAAAAGUCUCUGAAAUGGACAAAAUCGAACGGCGAAGUGGACGGUCUCACGACGAACGGAGUGCUCAUUCUUCAUCCGAACAAGGACGAUCUGAUGGAUGACACAGUUGAAAAGCCAAUGUACAAAUGGAGAGAAGUAUCGAUUAAUGGCGACGUCUACGAGCCGCGUGUCACAAGGAGCUCUUCCUCAAAAGGUGCCUAUGUGCCAGAGUGGACGAAUAUGCUGCAGGACGGCACUCUGAUCGAUUUGUGUGGAGCCACAAUACUAUGGCGAACCGCCGACGGGCUUGAGCGAUCGCCGAAGAUGCGCGAGUUGGAGAUGGCGUUGGACCGACUGAACGCCGGCAAACCGCAGUGUCCGGUGAAUCUGAACACGCUGGUGAUACCGAAAAAGAGGAACGGACGAGCGACCAGCAGAAGGCAACCUUAUGUGAGAAGGUUCCAAAAAUAAUUCUAAACGACCCCAUUACAGGUGUACCUCCAGUGCGGCCACGUGCAAGGAAAACACGACUGGGGAGUCAAUGAGAGCGGUGGACAGCGAGCCGGCAAGUGCCCGAUCUGUCUGGUGGAAUCAGAGCGGAUUGUGCAGUUGUCGAUGGGAAUGGAGCCGUCGUUUCACUUGGAUUCCGGGCUGUUGGACCAUGCGUUCAAUCCGUGUGGACACAUGGCUAGUAAGCAGACUGUCACGUAAGUUGUGCAAAAUAAUCAAACCUGGUACACUAGACGAAACUAGACUUUGUCCACUUUCAGGUACUGGUCCCGUAUCCCUCUUCCACAAGGCACGUGCCGUUACGACCCAGUUUGUCCGUUCUGCUAUCAGCUACUCGCCACAGAGCGCCCGUUCCUUCGCCUCAUAUUCCAAGACAACUGUUUCGACGAUGAAACGGUUCGAUUUGUUCAAGACGCUUGA